AUGGCCCCGUACGAGAUGCUAUAUGUUAGAAAAUGUAGAACCCCGGUGUGUUGGGGUGAAGUGGGUCCACAUGAACUGGCCCAUAAUGACGUAGUUCAAGCAACUAACGAGAAAUUUGAUGCGGUACGAGCCCAUUUGAAAGCGGACCAAGACAGACAAAAGUCUUAUGCCAAUAAAAGAUGGAAACCGAUUGAAUUUCAGGUGGGCGACAGGGUUAUGCUGAAAGUAUCCCCGUGGAAGGGCAUUAUCCGAUUCAGAAAAAGAGGGAAACUAAUCCCGAGGUUUAUCGGGCCAUUUAAAAUCAUUGAACGGGUUGGCAAUGUGGCAUAUCGCCUUGAAUUACCGGAAGAAUUGAGUGGAAUCCAUGGGACGUUUCAUGUGUCACAACUCCGAAAAUGCUUAGCUGAAGAAAUGGCUUAUAUCCACUACGAUGAUAUCGAGGUGGACAAUAGCCUUAACUAUGCGGUAAAGCCAAUUGAGAUUUUGGAUCAGAAGGUUAAGGAUUUCCGAAAUAAGAGAAUCGAUCAAGUAAAGAUCAAGUGGGAGCAUAGAAAGGGUUCGGAUACUACGUGGGAAUCCGAAGAGGAGAUGCAACGUCUCUACCCAACAUUAUUUGUUCCCGAGGUAUUAUCUGUUUGUAACAGCAGUGGUUCAGCAUCUACAGUGGAUUCAACAUCUACAGUAGAUUCAACAUCAGGUGUUUGGCUUCUAUAUGAUUUUGAGGUUGAUUGA